AUGCUGGCGGUAACGGACUCACAACCGCCGACUGGGCCGGCGCACCCCGCACCUGCAGCGGCUGCGGCACCGUUGGCCCAGGCAGCGCGGCCACCUAUUGACUCGAAGGCGGCAUUGAAGGCUAUGAUGGACUCCAUUCCCACCAGCAAGGAGGGGGUCUUUUCGUACCCAAUCAAGUGGGGGCACUACAACGCUGCCGCCAUGGGUGAAAAGUUCAAGGGCUGGGUGUCAUCUAAGGUGGAGCAGCUGCUAGGCGUUCAGGAGCCGACGCUGGUGGACUACGUGGUCAAGCUGCUGGGGCAGCACACAGCGCCGAACAUGCUGCAUGCGGAGCUGAACCCCGUGCUGGACAAUGACACGGAGACGUUUGUCAUCAAGCUGUAUCGCAUGGUCAUCUACGAGACGGAGAAAGCGGCGCUAGGGCUGGGGCAGCCGUAG